UUUUGAGAGGGGAAGUGGGUGAUAGGAUAGGAGGAAUCAUCUUGGAAGAUGAAUUCUCUGUCUUCCAUAAGCGAGGAGCUCGCGGAAAUCGAUGGGCAAGUCACCGAUGUUCUUCGAGCAUUAUCAAAUGGGUUUCAGAAACUUGAUAAGAUUAAGGAUGCCAGCAGGCAGAGUAGGCAGUUGGAAGAGCUAACAGAGAAGAUGAAAGAAUGUAAGAGGCUUAUUAAGGAAUUUGAUCAAGGAAUCAAGGAUUUGGGAUAUAAAUCCAAUCCAGAUAGUGACAAAUUGCUGAGUGAGAGAAAACAAUCAAUGAUCAAGGAGUUGAACUCUUUUGUUGCUUUAAAAAAGAAAUAUGCAAGCAAUCUUGAUAACAAGAGAAUUGAUCUCUUUGAUGGGCCUGGUGAAGGGUUAGCCGAAGAUAACAUGUUAUUGGCUUCAUCAAUGACAAACCAGGAGCUAAUUGGUGAAGGGCAUCGCAUGAUGGAUGAGACUGAUGAUGCAAUUGAGAGAUCAAAAAAGGUUGUCCAAGACACCAUUAAUGUCGGGACAGAAACUGCAGCAACAUUAAAAGGACAGACAGAACAAAUGAGUAGGAUUGUAAAUGAUCUGGACUCUAUCCAUUUCUCAAUGAAGAAGGCUUCAAAGCUGGUUAAGCAGCUCGGUAGGCAGAUUGCAACUGAUCGUGCUAUCAUGGCCAUGCUCUUCCUUAUUGUCAUUGGUGUAGUAGCUAUCAUUAUUGUAAAGAUUGUGAACCCACAGAAUAAGGACAUUCGCGAUAUCCCGGGAUUAGGUCCUCCAGUACAAAACCGAAGAUUGCUUUGGAACUCUUAACCUAUGACAGAAACACUAAUGGUGAUAAAUUACAGUCAUACUGACAACAUCUUUGAUGGGUAUAUAAUUCUGAUCAGUUCUGCUUAAUAGAGACGGUUGAUCAUUUUAAGGGUUUUGUUUUGAAGGGAAAGAUACACAAGUUUGCUAUUGUUGAUGUUUAAGGAUUUUAUUUGAUUUGAUUUCAUUGAAUUUGAAUGUCUAUCAUUUGAGAGGAGAAAGGAUAGGGAAAAAAAUGUAUAGGGAAUACAAGCCACUC